UUGGUAAUACAUUAGUAUGUGUUACUUUUGCAGAAAUGCGCGUAUGUGUAGUCGGAGCAGGUGCUGCCGGACUGUGCGCUGCUCGCCACCUCCUCGUUGAGCCGUGUGUGACGGAGGUCGAUGUUCUGGAGCAAACCUCGCAGCUGGGAGGCACCUGGGUCUACACGGAGAACACCGGCUACGAUGACUUCGGCCUGCCCAUACACUCCAGCAUGUACAAGAGUCUUAGGACGAAUCUUCCCAAGGAAGUCAUGGGUUUCCCAGAUUUCCCUGUCCCCGAGAGCGAGAAAUCGUAUUUACCCGCUAAGGAGAUGCUUGCAUUCCUGCAAUCUUACGCCGAGAAACAUGGAGUCACGGAGUACAUUAAAUACAAUCAGCAUGUUCAGCUAAUAAAACCGAAGCAAGGCGCCGCGACCGAACUGUGGGAUGUCAUGUACAAGGAUCUCUUAACUGGUGUGACGGAAACCAAGGAGUAUGACUACGUGUUCGUUUGUAACGGACACUACAACACGCCGUUCAUACCGAAUAUACCAGGGCUUAAGCAAUUCAGAGGUGAUGUGCUGCACAGCCACGACUACAGAGUACCAGACAUAUUCGAAGGCAAAAAAGUGUUGGUGAUCGGAGGCGGUCCCUCCGGUAUGGACAUUGCACUCGAAAUCACCAGCGUGACUGAAAAGGUGAUCCUCAGCCAUCACGACAAAAAUAUAACCUCAAUUUUCCCAAGUAAUCUCACCCAGAAACCGGAUGUUGAAAAACUUGACGGUAACACUGCGUACUUCAAGGAUGGCACACAAGAAGAAAUUGACGUCGUCUUUCUUUGUACAGGAUACCUGUACAACUUCCCGUUCCUUCACAAGUCCUGCGACAUCGUGGUGGAGGAAAACUGCGUGGAGCCGCUGUAUAAGCACGUGAUCAACAUACAGCACCCUUCGAUGUGCUUCAUCGGCGUCCCCUAUUACGUCUGCGCCUUCUCUAUGUUCGAUUUACAGGUGCGGUACUACGUGCGUUACAUGAACGGCACCUUCAAACUACCCUCCCCGGAAGAAAUGACGCGUCACUGGGAGGAAGAGAAGAUUGAUAGAGCUUCAAGAGGCUUUACUCGGAGGCAAGCGCAUAUGAUGGGUCCUGAUCAGGAAAAAUACUACGCAUCUCUUGCCUCAGAAGCGAACACGGAGAACCUGCCCUCGGUGAUAACGAAGAUAAGGGAGGAGAGUUCGAUCCGUUUCCUUAAAAACCUGCAGAACUACAGACAAGACGUGUACAAGAUCAUCGACGAUGACACUUACGAAAUAUUAAGUAACGGAAAGCGAGAAGUUUUAUGUUAACUCUUGUUAGCCUUUGCAAAUUUUAUCUUAAGUUCAGUUUCGACAAAACCGCCGUACUAAAUAUUUAAUAGAAGAUGUAAUUUUCAGUAGUGGUCAUGUAUAAGUUCUAACGUUUUGAAAAAAAAAUAACCACAUGCUUCUAUGCUAAUUGGGACCAAUUCAAUUCCUUAAAUAUAAUGUUAAUUUCUAAAAAAAUAAUUUAACGUUAAAGAGGCUUCUAUUUGUAACACAUCCUUUUAAUUGUAGUCAUAAUAUUAGUUAACAAAAAUGUUAUACAUCUGUUAAGGUUAGGUAUAUCUUCAAUAAAAAUUAGUAUAAUAGGUAUAUUAUGCAAAAUGAUAAA